AUGAAGGAACUUCAGAAGGGAUUCGAAACUAAUGGAGAGAAGCAAAGAUAAAAAUUUUUGAAGCAUUUAUAUGAAAUACUUGAUAAUCCUAAAAAUUAUUAGAUUAUAGGAUGGGAUGAACAUAGGUUUGUUAUUUGGAAUGUUGAAGAAUUUAAGAAACAAUUGCUGACUUCCAACUUCAAACACAAUAAUUACCAAAGUCUAAUGAGGUAACUCAAUAAAUAUGGAUUCAAAAUAAAAUCAAAAGAAAAUCUAAAAGCCUAUUUUUCCCAUCCUACAAUUCGAGAGAACAAUAGAGAAAAAAAACGGGUUUUAUAGAUAAAAAAGAAAUUGGAGAAGAUAGAUUAUGAAAAAGAAUUAAAUGUUUUGAAAGGAUAAUUAGAGGAUCUGAAAAAAGGAUAAAAGAUUUUAAAUAAAUAGUUUUAAAUUUCAAUAAAAAUAAUGAUGAAAUUGCAAUCCCAUUAUGCCAGAUUAAAUAUUGUAUUAUUAUUAUUAUUACUAUUAAUUAUGACAUUAUACACGGUUGGAUUUGCAAAUAUAAUUGGAAAUCUAUCAUAUACAAAUCAUAAGACAAUUUGGGGGAAUAUCGGAGGAGAUCUUUUUUAAGUAUUUAAAUUUUAUCUAAAAUGA